GCACGGCGACACACGCUCAGUUGCCGUUCAACAGUCGCGCUCACAGCUUGAAAUAUAUUUGUAUCUACGCGGUGUAGUGCCAACAGAAAUUAACUUGACACCAAAGAAACAAAACCAAUCUUGACAAGCAAUUACAAGCUUCUUUAUUCCCUCUCGUCGACAGAAUGAACAUGAAUUCUGCGCUACUUUUGAUCGGCGUCGCGCUGCUCGGUCUGGCCGCGGGUACUGAAGUGAAACAAUGCCCGAAAUCCACGGCACGCGCUUUGUCCGCCGGCGAGGUGACCAUUUCGAAUUGCCCCAAGAGCAGGUGCAUACUGAAGCGCAACACGGAGGCCAGCAUCACGAUGAAGCUCAGGCCGGAGCGCGACUUUGCGGAGCUCACCUCAGACAUACAGGGCAUCAUAUUGGAUGUGCCACUGCCCUUUCCCGGCUACUAUGGCACCAGCGCCUGUCCGCACAUCUACGAUGAGUCCGGCGAGCACAAGCUCGGCUGCCCACUGAAGGCGGGCCAGACAUACACGUACAAGAACAGCUUUAAGAUACUGCCCGUCUAUCCCACGGUCAGUCUGGAGAUUCACUGGGGACUGGGCGACAAGCAGGGCGAUGUCGCUUGCUUCCAGCUGCCCGCCAAAAUCAAGGCUUAAAUCAGAUCAGCUCAGAUAAGAGAGAGAGAGAGUCGAUUGCUUUGCAUUCUAGCUUGUAAAUUUUAUUUGUUAUUAUUAAAACGUGUGUUAUGCAUAGGUUAAGUACAAUUUAAUUUGAACAUGAAGUUGAUAUUGAAUUUGAGUAAAAAUUUGGAAUUUUAAUUCUGAUCUGGGCAAUAUUGCGGCAUCCAGCCAAUGACGCAAUAUUGUGCACGCAAUACAGUAAAAGAAAGAAUUAUGCAUAUAGUGUGGUUAUUUGCGCGUUAGUAAUAGUUAUAAUGUUAACAAAAGAAUAAGUAAUUAAAAACAACAAAAGCGAAA